UUGGAAGUUAAUAAGAAGAGAUCUUCCAGAGACACAAACACACACCAUCAAAAGACCUUCUAGUUUGAUGCCAAACAGCGCCGUGAGCACCAAAGGAAUCAUGCCUGUACCCAAUAAAGCAGGAAGAAAAAACAGUGCUGCAGAAGCAAAGCCGCCUCCAUAUGACCCAAACGCCCCUGAGCCAACAACCCGGGCAGACUUCAUGAAAUACUGGUUACCAGUCUCAUUAGACGAUAAAACUGCACAGAAACUGUUGUGGAUUUCAGAGGGUGGAUCCAAAGUAGCCCGCACUUCAGAUGCAGUCUGUCCAUAUCCCACAAGGCCCGAGCGAUAUGACCACUCACCACAGGUCCUGUGUAAGGAAGGUCUGCUGGGUUACCGAGGCUACUGGGAGGUGAACUAUGACGGCUGGGUGGUGAUUGGGGUGAUUUGUGAAAGCUCCCCCAGGAAGAGCCAGGAUGGAGCCUGCGGCCUUGGUGAGAACAGCACCUCCUGGGGCGUUGGCUGGUCAGGCUCCUGUUACCAAGUCUGGCACAACAGCGAGAACAUAGACAUCCAACUGCCCCUGACCUCCACUAUGGGUGUCUACGUAGACCAGCCGGCUGGCAUCAUCAAAUUCCUCGUGGUGGAGGGAGAAGGAGAGAAGGAGGUGCGACUGAUACACAAGUUCAAAGCCAACUGUGAGGAGAAGAUUUUCCCUGGGUUCUGGAUUGGCACAAACUCAUACUGUGUUAUUCAGAAAAAAGAUCAGUGAUACAGUAGAGCGUGAGCACCAGGUGGAAGUGGGUCAAGUUAUGUAAAUUUAAGGAGUAAGAAGAGAGAUUUUAAGUCUGUAUGUUUGGGGAACAAGUGUUGGGAGUUUUAAUGCACGCCUUGACAUCUUCAUAGAUUGUGUUUGCUUUCUCUGGUGCAUGAGGAAAGCUUAUUCACUUCAUAUUAAUGUCAAAGAUGUCCAUUUUAUUUACUACCAUGAAUCUAUUUAUGUAUUUUAUUACCUUAGGCAUUAGGCAAUAGCUUGUAUGUUUUUAAACGCACAAGAUUUUGCAUGUCGAGUGCUGAUAAAACUAUAGUAGCUGUAUCUUUUUUAUGUGUUAAUAGUCAAUAAAUUAAACCAUUAUAUAAUAACACUGCAAUCUUUCAUUAUACCAGUGUGAUGCUGCACAUCUACACAUCUCUCCGUCACUGAGCUGAAAUCAUUCAUAAACUUCUGUUCUUCACACAUACAGUAGGGCUCUGAUGCCCCCUAGAGGCCUGGAAAGAUACUGCAUCUUUAUCAAGUUGGAAAAUAAACACACAUCAGGUUUUUCACUUGGUGUUGCUCCUUUAUUUGAAACAUAAAAGUACUUAACGGAACACUUGUUUUAUUUUCCAAAUGUCAAAGAUGGACAUUAUCCUCUCAAAUCAACACACCUCUCUAUCACACAGUCAUUUCCUCAUUCAUUCAGCCGUUUUAACGAGAUAUCUGGAGCAAAAAGGCAAAAAAAAAAAAAAAUCCCAUAAAACUCAGUAUUGAUUUACAAUCAUUCUAUGAGUCAGUCAUUCA